GAUGUUUUUUUUUUGUGUGUUCAGUUUUCUUGUAUAUUUCUGUUUCAGAUGAAAGCUUGGUUGCCGGAAAAAUAUUAGACUAAAAAUCAGAAUGGCUGGAAACGCAAGAAAAAUCGGAAAAUAUGGUUUGGGUGCUGUAGGAGUACUGGGGGCUGGUGGAAUACUUUACUCAACUUUGUUAAAACAGAAGAAGCUCGAGGUUGGAGCAGCAGAGUUGAGUAGAGAGCGUCCUAGUGGUCCUCUGCUAUCUAGAGCAGAACAGAUUCAAAACCUGAAAACUAAAGAAUUUGAUGUCCUAGUGAUAGGAGGGGGAGCUACAGGUUCGGGAUGUGCUCUGGAUGCUGUAACAAGAGGAUUGAAGACUGCCAUGGUAGAACUAGAUGAUUUUAGUAGCGGUACCAGUAGCAGGAGUACUAAACUUAUACAUGGAGGAGUCAGAUACCUACAGAAGGCUAUAAUGAAGCUGGACUAUGAGCAGUAUAAGAUGGUAAAGGAAGCUCUGCAUGAGAGAGCUAACCUACUAGAGAUAGCUCCUCACCUCUCCUUCCCUCUACCCAUCAUGCUUCCCGUUUACCGUUGGUGGCAGGUUCCAUAUUUCUGGGCUGGAAUAAAGGCAUAUGAUCUUGUAUCUGGGAGUGAAUGCUUGAAAUCCUCGUAUUUCUUGAACAAGGAGCGCGCCCUUGAACUAUUCCCUAUGCUGAAGAAGAACGAGCUGUGUGGAGCUAUCGUCUACUAUGAUGGUUGCCAUAAUGAUGCUCGGAUGAAUAUAAGUAUAGCUAUUACAGCAGCUAGGCAUGGAGCUAGUAUAGCCAACCAUGUCAAGGUUGUAGAUUUGAUUAAGGUUGACGGUAAGGUUCAAGGAGCUAAAUGUAGAAAUGAAAUUAACGGAGAAGAGUUUGAAAUUAAAGCAAAAUGUGUGAUAAAUGCUACGGGACCCUUCACGGACUCAAUCAGGAAGAUGGAUGAUGGUAAGGCUCGUGAGAUAGUGUGCGCUAGUGCCGGGGUUCAUAUUGUUCUCCCAGACUACUAUUCUCCAUCUAACAUGGGUUUAUUAGAUCCAGCUACUAGUGAUGGUAGGGUAAUCUUCUUUCUUCCUUGGCAGAACCAUACCAUAGCUGGUACUACAGAUACUCCCUGUAAGGUAACUCAUUCUCCUGGACCAAGUGAGGCGGAUAUACAGUUUAUAUUGAAGGAAGUGAAGAAUUAUCUAACUCCAGAUAUAGAUGUUAGGCGGGGGGAUGUUCUCUCAGCCUGGGCUGGGAUCCGUCCUCUAGUCAAGGAUCCUAAUGCAGAGGAUACUCAGAGUUUAGUUCGGAACCAUGUUGUUCAUGUAUCUGAGAGUAAUAUGAUAACGAUUGCCGGAGGAAAAUGGACAACUUACAGAGCAAUGGCUUCGGAGACGGUGGACGAGGCCUGCAAGAUUACUGGGUUGGAUGUAGGACCAAGUGUAACGGAUGGAAUGUUACUGGAAGGAGCACACAACUGGACUCCAACCAUGUUUAUCCGUCUUGUCCAGGAUCUGGGAGUGGAUACUCAAGUAGCGCAGCAUCUAGCAGCAACCUACGGAGACAGAGCAUUCUCUGUUGGAAAGAUGGCAUCUUUAACAGGGAAACGGUGGCCUAUAGUUGGAAAGAGAAUACAUAUGGAGUUCCCUUACAUUGAUGCAGAGGUUCGCUAUGCAGUAAAGGAGUAUGCUUGUACUGCUAUAGAUAUUCUUGCUCGUAGACUUAGACUCUCCUUUCUUAAUGUUCAGGCAGCAGAGGAAGCACUCCCUCAUAUUGUGAGUAUAAUGGCAGAGGAGCUGGGUUGGGAUGACAAGGAGAAGGUUAGACAGACCGAGAUGGCGGUCAAUUUUCUCAAAACUGAGAUGGGUAAAGAUCUGAACAAGGCAAGCCGGGACGAAAUACCGAUUAAUCUAACCAAGGCGGAGAUUGCUGAGUAUGUUAAACGUUUUAACGCAUUGGACGAGGGAAAGAAGGGAUAUGUUUCUAUCAACGAUAUCAGAAGAUCAUUCAAGAAUAUGAUGGUGGAGGUGAGUGGACAGGAGAUACAUGAACUACUCAACGAACUGGAUACAAACCAUAAUGGUCAGGUUGAGGUCGAGGAAUAUCUGCAGAUGAUGUCUGCAAUCAAGUCUGGAACUAUCUCACACUCAAGGUUUGCCAAGAUAGCUGAAGGAGAAUAUAAGUAUAAAAAUGAAAAGAGGAAACGAACAGUGUAUCCCGAACCUGGAACCUACGGAGAGAAGAUGGAGAGGAGUGGAGGAGGAGUUUAGAUACAAUCCGUCCUCAAAACAAGAACUAGAUCUUAGAUGUUUGGUCUGAUUUAAAUAUCAUUUUAUCUUAACCUAACUCGACCGAAUCAACUGAAUGAACAAAGUUGAAACUAAGAAAUUAUUAUGUUUUAUUUGUUUCUUUACAUAUUUGGACCACAAAUCAUUGAUAAUUGUUGAUAACCCCAAGUGAUGCAUGUUUGAUAAAAUUGUGAAAAUGUUUUAUUUUUAAAAGAUCUGAUUUAUUAAUUGUAUUUUUAUAGAUCUGUUUUCUAUUUUAUUUGCUCAGAGUUAAAUUCAUAGUAUUUUAUUGAAAUUUUAUUCAUAUGUUCAGAUGUUAUUUAUAUAAAUUGAUUGAAGGUUAAUUGGAACUAGUAGUAAAUAUUUUUUUUCUUUAUUUCAUUAUUUCUUUCUGUUCUCUUUGAAUUUCUUUUUUAGUUUUAAUUUGUUAGGAAAUAAUUUUGUGUCUGCUAUUUGUCAAUCAUCAUUAUUUUCUGCUCUUAUAUAUCUUGAAUCAGCUUCUCGUGUUUUUAAACUCUUUUUGUGAACUUUAUAAUCCAACCAGUGCAAUGUGUCAAAUGUCAAUUUUGAUAUAUUUUUAAGAUUAAUCUUUAUCUGAAAUGUCUUUUGUGCCACAACAAAGAUUAGAAUUCAUAACUUCCCUGGAUAUUGUAUCCGGCUAAUUAACAUGAAAAAAGAUAGAUUUCUUUUAUAUAAAUUUUUACAAUAUGACCAAUCUUUUAGCAAAUUAGCAUGUUACAUGUCACAUGAAUACUCUUUAUUGAUCAAAAUAAAUUUUCCAUAUUUCA